CGACUUAUGCCGGUAAUACCCGAUCGUUUGUUUUGAUGAAGUAACCUACAAUCCGAACAUUUUGUGUAGCAAAUUAUCAGUGAACAUGUCUCUCACAUCGAAAAUAGUUCUUGGAACAGCGUGUUUAACCUCCGCCAGUAUCAUCGGUUAUGUGCAUUAUAAGCAGAAAAUAGACAGAGAACGCUUGCAUGAAGGUGUCAUUCGUGAUAUUGAGCGACAACAGCGCCGCAAAGCGGAAAAUUUGUACAAUUUACAGCGGCAGCAUGACCUUGAGAAGGAAAUCAAACGAACUGAAGAAUUAAAAGGCGAAAUGUCGCUUUGACUGCGUAUUAAAUUAUUAAUUUGGGCAAUAAUGAGUCAUAACUAUCGCGAAAAUCAAGUUUGGGGGCGAAUAAAUUGUAUAUAUUCUUUAUUAAAUUAAAUAUAUGAUAUAAAAAUAUUCUUGUGCCCAGUUGAGCUAAAAAUCUUACGUCAUCACAUUAGUAUCGUCAAAACGCACGCGUCUGCUUGUAUCCAAGUUGCUAAAACCCAGUCCGAAGUUUUUAUGCAGUUCCUCGAUAGAUUCAUUCAAAUAUUGAUUCUCGUAAUGUUUUUUAUACUUUCUUAUGAGCAUAAAACAAGCAACCAAUAGAAUUAUUUGUAUUAACAACCAUAAAACUAUCAGACCAAUCACAAGAGAGAAGUCUAUACACACUUCGUUGUUUAAAUAAUCUACAAACAAGAAAUAUUUAAAUAUUUAAACAUGUCAUGGUGUAUAACUGGUUGCCUACGUUGCAUUGCCACACUUACCGAAUCCAGCGACUAAUAUCUUGUUGUUUUCACCAUAAACCAACUUAUCAGGCUUAGCAUUGAUAUUGCGCACGAUAAGCGUGUACUCCAAUGCCAUUUGAAACGUUUUAUUGCCUUGCAAGUGAUUGGCAGCAUCAGUGCGCUGAAAUUCACUGCGAUUCACCGAUUUCACGGCGACUUCAUUAUCGCCGAGAUCAGCGCGUCUGCGCAUGCGAUUGUAAAACGUCUCACCGCCACAAUCAACGUCCGGACAUUUCUGCUCACAGAAGGUAACAGUCACGCUGAAGCGUAUCACAUUCGACGACGAAAACUUAAACGCUUGAAACGACGAUGUUAGUUUUAUACUGUCACCAUCGACUUGUUUCUUCAACCCGGGGAAAGCAUCCAAAUUCGUUGGACAUCCACGAUCAUCCAGUAACAAGAUGGAGUCCUGGCUGGUUUCCGUCAUGGCGAUUAAAUGUCCUGCAGUUAAAUCAAUACCACCUGGAUAAAAUAAAUAAAAGCUUAAAUAAUGACUUUUUCCACACGUCGAUCAAUGGAUAAUCAAACCAUUCUAACUCUUGUUUCUCGUUUGGUCUGGGCCCGAUUGGGAUAUAAAAUAGCCAUGGGUGCAUAUAGGAUGUUUAGGAAGCGAUUCUAUAGCUCUACGGAAACUACACCGGAAGCAUUCUAUGAAAUCAAAGAGGAAUGGCUGCUUGAGAGGAUGAAACACUUGGGAAUCGAGAAUAAACCAACAGAAAUUAAAAUCAAAGCAGAAUAAUCAUAAAUUAUUAUUCUAAUCAAAUUUAAACAAUUAUAAAACAGGAUGUCACUUGAUUAUCCGCUUACCGCAAGACCCAAGAUGGCGUCGCGUCCAAUGUUUAAUUAUUCAUUAUUCAUUAUACCUCAUAAUAUUAUUGUAAUUAAAUGUUCUUUGUUUGCGUA